AGCUAUGGAUGUGUAUACAACAAAGAUAUAUAAUCCAUGAUUGACGUGCUCGUUGCCUUUGCAGUGUGGGUUUUUCCAGGUCGGGUGUUGUGUUGUCAAUCGACUGACAAGAUUUUUGGUGGGCGUGGCUUCGGUUGGUGGAGUUUGUAGCGUCUGAUCAGAUCUGUGGAAUUGUGCGGAAGUGUGCGGAAGUGUGUGUUACUUGACGAAUUCGUGUUUGAUUUUGAGGGGGCGUGUGACUGGAGUUGCGCUUUUGGAAUCGGAGAUCCGAGCUCCACAUCUUGUUGCUGUUGUUGUUGUUGGGACGUUUCUUCUUCGUGUUUAUUCGAGCUGCCUCUUGCUUCUCGAGAAAAAAAAGGAUACCCAUUUAGGUGUGACGUCGUGCUUCCACAAGACUUUUUCUUAUGCGUUCUUUACAUGCAUUCGAGCAGAAUCUCGAACGGGGAGAUUAUCGUUUCUGCCGAGGAAAUGAAUUGCAAGGUUUUGUACAAGUAAUCAGUAGCAUUGACUGUACACCCUGCACACUUGAUCGGUGGAGCAGUGCAGUACAGAGGAGUCCAAGCCUCAACAAAACAGAGCAAGCCAUCCGAAGAUGUGAGCAGAAGUAGAAAUCCUACGCAAGGUGCAGAAAACUGACAACAAUCUUCGACAGUGAGAUACCAGAAGAUCCAGACUAAAGAAGACGGCUGUACAGUGUACUGUAGUGCUGUUGAGCACGACUCCCCAUUUCAGGGGCUAUUUGCUGCAGCCACCCUGCCAAUUGUCAAAUCCCUCUGCUACACAGCUGCACUCAGAAGCUACAACACGAUAUCUUUGGAACGUGUAGAGCUCAAGACAAACUUGCACCCGAGCCAUCUCCGUGCUUCUUCACACGUGAAGAAGAACCGGGAGCUUGUUGGGUUAUUACUAUCUCAAAGCACAACAGAACUUUGAUUCACGGGAAAACAAACAGCUGCAAGUUUCACUGCUUUCUUCUUUCUGGCAUCAAGCUUCACGAGAUUCUUUGCUCACACAUGGUUAGAGCGUGGAGGCAGGAUGAUGCCAACCUCUCUAUUCAAAAGGGAAAACCUGCGGAAAACCUAAUCGCGGCGAUUCAACACUGCUACUGCCACAUCUGCUCAUGUAAACUACCCCUUCGCGUGUCCGGUCCUUCACAUGAAUUUGCCAGAACUUGUGAAUCUUUGUUUACCGGGACUUCCAUCAUCAUGCUAACUCUGUUUCUGAAGAAGCUGAUGAUUCCAAUGAGUCGAAGCUCUCGCUCAUAAUGACGGCACUGAGACACUUUGUCGUCGUCCAUCACUCCUCAUUGAUUGCGAGAAUGUUGACUAUCUCAGUUCGAAUUCAAAAUUGCAUGGUAUGGAAUUGCACACGGUGUAUUUUGGGUGCUGGGAGAGAGUAAAAGUAAACGCGCUAUGCACAGUGAUCACCUCGACUGAAUCUCUCGACCUCUGAAAGGCACAAACGAAUUAUGUGUCGACGUGCCUCGGGAUUUUCGGAAGGAUCGCGAAAGGUAGCAGGCAUCACGGCAGCGAAGAUAGUCGGGAGCAAGGAAGUAGCAGGAAACGAACAAACAACUGCAACGCAUGAGAGGGGCAAUCUCGGCGUAUAGGGCGUGUGCUCAGGCAAAGCAGAGUGACGUAGCUUAUGGUGUUGUGAGUGAGAGGAAGUUGGAGAGGACGGACGAAGGGAGUUAGGACAGGAGAACUAUAGAGCGGUGCAUUGGCAGUUCAUGAGUUGAAGAUGGGGGACAAUCUGCAGGAAAAAUCACGCAAGGAGCUCAAGGAGCUUUGUGCCCAGAAUAAUAUUCGGACGGCGGGAGUUAAGCACGAGGAACUCGUUCGUUUGCUGCGCAAUAAGCUAUAUCCGUCGCCACCUCAGACAAAACCAAGAACUCGAUGUUGUAAUAGGUCACCGAGGACGCGAGAAACAAAAGUGCAGUCUCCCGUGAAGGAGAAUGGAGAUUCGUAUAAAUCUCCUGCGAAGUCAGCCGGCAAAGUGCAAAGCAUUAGCUUAAACAAUCCACCGCGCGAAGAGGUUACACCAUUUCAGAGGAAGAAUUCAGGGUUGUCACGGAAACCUCUAUUGACGAAGUCGAAUACUUUUUCGUCAAGGAGAGCAUUUUCUCCCACGAGGACACCCGGCGUUGGUCAAGAUGCACUCCCUCGUCAACCUUCAGUUAGAAGGCUUUGCCAAAUUAAUGGACUGUCUCCGUUGAGUCGUAGAAGCGCUAAGGCUCCAGGGAAACUUGAAUCCAGACCAUCGUCGCAGAGUUCGGUUCAAUCAUCAGGAGAGUUCAAAGACGGACUGGGGGCACAGACAGAUUCGAACCUCAAAACCGAGGAAAUGGCGAAUCCUAAGGCAUUGGAAGGCGAUCCAAAUUGUAUCGGUAUUGACUCAAGUGAUACAAGCGUUGGUGGCUCUCAGAGGGUUUCGGAGUUUGCUGUUGUUGUAGAGCCGGAUAUUGGGUCUAGUUUCUCUGAUGCUGAUGAGUUCCAGAGCGUGUCAAGUGAACCCUUAUCGAGGAUCGGCUCCAUCAGCAAAAGGCUUUCUUUGAGAACAGAGUCUAGUAAAGCGUCACUCUAUACUGCAGCAAGUGGGCUAUCGUUCUUCUCCGCAAAUAGUUGGGGAAGUGGAGAUUUACGAAGUUUAGACAAUCUUGUAGCAUCUGUUGAAAGGAAAAGAGACCUCGCUAAUGAUAUCGUUCCGGGAUUUUCUGAUAGGCCAGAGUUCACGGUUGGUGAUGGAGACGCUUUAGAAUCAUCGUUUCUAGAUGAUGAUACAGAAGUGAUUGUCGAUGCAAAGGAUCAUGGAGUUGAAGUUUAUGGAUUUAAUGUAGUGGGUUCUCCCAUAACUCGUGACUUCAUUAACAACAACCCUGGUUCUGGGGCGGAGAGUCCUGCUUGUUCAAGUGGAGCUUCCAGAGCCAAAUUCACUUCAGACCAAGAUGGCGGGGAAGUUGAUACUCCUACACGGCCUGGGUCUUGUUCUCGUGAAGAUGGUACUUCGACCAUUCUGAACGGGAAAGUGUACUCAAAAGGUCACGCAGACUAUGCCCAAUUUAUUUUCAAGGAUACUGCAGGUGAUGGCGAGGUCCAUGAUGAAUCUCCUGAAGGUGGAGCAAGUACAGAAUUAGAGUCACCAACGUCCGAUUCUUGUGUUGCCAAGAAAUUGGAAUUUGAUUCUAUGGAAAAGACAGACUUGGCUCCAUUGCAGCAUGAUGAGCUUCAUGAGGAAGACAAAGAAGUAGAUAGAGAAACGAACGUUCAGAAUGUUGAAGAAGGAUCGACUCUGCGCAUGCCGGAGGCUGUUGAAGUAGACGAUUUUGUUGAACAUCACGAGGUCUCGGAUCUUGACGAAGCAACAAGGGACAACCGAAGUAGCGGCGAAGCUGUAGUUUCUGAGGAUGCGCCACCAGCGCCGAAGACUGCUUCAUCUAAUUUGGAUCAUGGUGAGAGCAAUUCUGAACAUCAAACGGUUGAGCAGGAAUCGGCCAACAAUAGUAAUCAAGAGCAUAGAUCUUCACCUGCAGGGGAGUUGGGAGCACCAACCGUAUACGGUGAGAACGAUGACGAGGCAACACCUUCAAAGAAGAAAAGUGAGCUGGCUCCUGAUGCUGUCGAGGUGCCUGUUUCAACGACUUCAUCCAGAAACGUUGAGUCAUCUGGUGCAGAAGGCCAGGUUGUUGUAAAAGGAGAUUUGUUGUUGGAUAAUAUCGAUUUUUCAACCAACGAAACAUGUGACAAGGGCGAGGAUCACUCUACAACAACUGCUGAAAGUACCGGGAAACAUUCUUAUGCAGAUACUGAACCUUUGCCUCCACCGAAUAUGAACACGCCUUCAGUGAUGCCCUUGAAUGACAACCACUCGAAUUCAAGUCCCUACAACAACAAAACUGAAAAUAUUGCUUCAAAACCAGAUCCAUUGACCAACUCCGGUUAUCUGGCCGGAAAGCAAGUCGAAUCUGAUGUCAAAUUCAGGGAUGGAGAAUGUGCAAGCAGUUUUGAACCACUGCCUGAUUACAAGAAGGACGAACGCGAGGAGAUCAUACACAUAAACUUGCCAUUUCCAUUUUCGAUUAUAUUAUGGUGUUCAACGAGAUGUUGCAGAUGCAGAUAAUGCCGAGAAUCCGAACAUGAUUACCAUGUCUCAAUGUUAUCAAGUAUAAAUUUCUUCAGAAAAGGAGAAAUGCAAAAAAAAAAAGAAAAACAAACAAACAAACAAACAAACAAAACAAAACAAAACAAAACAAACAAACAAACAAACAAAAUAACAAAACUACCUAAUACAAAAGAGAAGUUGGUGGCAGCUGGAGCGUCGGAAUGGAUACACCAUAUCUUGUAACUUCAAGAUUCUGCUCUCAAUCUUCAUCUGUAAACUAUACUGAGAAAUAUGUAAGUUUUAUCCCUGAAGGCUUGUUUCGGCUCCCAGUUAGAUAUUCUCCAACUGAUUUCCGGAUUGCUUUUCAUGCUCUGCCAAUGGACGAAAGAUAAUCCGGGGAGUUAAAGUUUGCAGGGAGUCAAUACACGUUAAAUUGUAAAGUUUUUAUAGUCACUUAAGCAUGACUGUUGAGGCACAUGUAUCAUCAGAUCAUUUAAAGAGGCAAACAAAUAUGCUGUAAAUUUCUUAGAUUAUAUGGUUUUAAGUGAUGACUGUUAUUGUUACCACUUAGCAAUCUUUGUUUUGCCACUAAUUUUUUGUCCUGAUCACAAACUUUCUUAAUAGAAUGCUCAUCAAGCAUGAUUUCAUGAA